AUGAGCAUGAGGAGUGAGGAACGCUACGCGAAGGUUCCAUCACUGGUUGUCGGUUGUCCACCUCCGCAGGUUCUUACAAUCAAGCUCGAAGCCGCCGCCAAGAACCGCCGUGACGCACGCACACCCCCGCUGGGAGUCCAUCUGACAGGGUCACGUACAGCUCCCCAGUCCCCACGCAUCCCGCUCUCAUAUUCGGAGGAACUCGGGCCUCAGCAGCGGAGGACGAGCCGCAUCCCGCUCUCAUAUUCGGAGGAACUCGCGCCUCAGCAGCGGUCGGCGAGCCAGCUACAGCACCCACACGCUGCUCAGCCAGCGGGGACUGUGUCACACGUCGGCAAGUUCGUCUCCGUCGUAGGCCAACCCGUGAGGACGAACGAAAAAAUUGGGGAGCUCGCCGUCCGGGACUGGAACGUGGUCUCCGUGGAUGAACCCCUCUCCGGGUUCCCACAGUGGGGAUUGAGAGGGGAAAGGGAAAUCCAGCUACAAAUACAUCAUGCUUUUCAGGCCCAAGAAAGUACAAGUAAUGCCAUGCUCCCAACCGAGGAAUUAAUGGAGCGAGACCUCCAGUAUUCGUAUUACCAUUACGUCCUCUUCUCCACCAUCCUACUGCUCCCUCUUCUCGUCCUCAAACUUUGGCCACACAAAGACAAAGACGGCAACAACCCGCCUCCUGGCCCAUGGUGCCUGCCGGUCAUCGGAAGCCUGCACCACCUCCUAGGCACAGGCGCACUCCCACACCAUGUCAUGCGAGACCUUGCCGGACGGCAUGGCCCGUUGAUGCUGCUCCGCCUUGGGGAGCUCCCCGUCGUGAUCGCGUCGUCGGCUGACGCGGCGAUGGCGAUCAUGAAGACCCACGACGCUGCGUUCGCCACGCGGCCGCAGACGGCCACGCUCCGUGCUCUCACCAAGGACGGCCUCGGCGUCAUCUACGCGCCCAACACGGAGCACUGGCGGCAGCUUCGCAAGCUCUGCACCACCGAGCUGCUGAGCGCGCGACGCGUAAGGGCGCUCCGUGUCACUCGCGAGACGGAGGCGUCUGGUCUCGUUGCGUCCAUCGCGUCGGCGUCGCGGUCCAAGAAGCCCGUGAACGUGAGCUCACUGCUGUCCAGGUUCGUGACGGACGUGACUACCCGCUCUGUGGUGGGUGACUGGAUCAGCGAGCGCGAAGAGUACUUGGAGGCGAAGCGGCAGGUCGUGAAGAUGGCUGCCAAGUUCAGCCUCGCCGAUAUGUUCCCGUCGUCGCGUGUCGCCCGCAUGUUCAGCGGAGGGGUGCGCCAGGCGGAGGCGUGCAACCGUGAGAUAAACCGUAUCAUGGACAAGGUGAUCGUGGACCACCGCGCGAGGAGGUCAGCUGGCGCCGGCGGCGAGGAAGAGGUCAUCCUGGACGUGCUGCUCAGGACCCAGAUAGACGGCGUGCCUCUGGACAUGGGAACCAUCCGUGCCGUCAUCCUCGACCUCUUCGCCGCGGGGAGCGAGAGCUUUUCGACGACGCUCGAGUGGGCCUUGGCUGAGCUGAUACGGAACCCAAGCAGGCUCCUCAAGGCGCAGGCCGAGGUGCGACGCGCCCUCCACGGACAGACCAACGUCCUCGAGGACGCCCUGCGCGACCUCCCCUACCUGCGGCUUGUAAUCAAGGAAACGCUGCGGCUGCAUCCCACAGGCCCGCUGCUCCUCCCGCGGGAGUGCCGGGAGCCCUGCCGCGUCCUCGGCUUCGACGUCCCACAGGGUGCCAUGGUGCUCGUCAACGCGUGGGCCAUCAGCCGCGACCCUGCGAGCUGGGGCGCUGACGCCCAUGAGUUCAGGCCGGAGAGAUUCGAGGGCGACGGCGCCGCCGUGGACUUCUGGGGGACGGACUACCAGUUCCUGCCGUUUGGCGCGGGCCGGAGGAUGUGCCCUGGCGUAUUGUUCGCCAUCACCAACGUGGAGCUCGCAAUGGCCAGCCUUCUCUACCAUUUCGACUGGGAGCUUCCCGGUGGCGCCGAUCCGGCUAAACUAGACAUGACGGAGGGGUCGGGCCUCUCUGCAAGGAGGAAGAGCGAAUUGUGGUUGAAUGCCACCGUUCAAGUGCCCCUUCCUCAGUGACUCGCAGUUUUUUCUUCAUACUACUCCAUGUCGAGAUGGAAAGGUGUGUAAUCUUUACUAGUACAGAAAUGCAAAACUGAACUCGGGCUCAUCUGCUCCUGCCCACCCAGCCAAUCAAAUGC